AAAUCAUUUCUGCUUGUGAAAAGAUGCGUACAGGUCUUGGCUAUCGAAUACUGAAAACCGCAGAUCUCUAUCUGAUUCCUGUCAAAAGUUAUUCAGAAAGUACCGACUGCCUUGUAUUUUGGAGCGGCUAGUAGCUUCAGUAGAUAAAAUAUAAUAUAUGUUGAUUUGAUGUAAUUUUAAUCAACUUUGACUGAGUUUCAGUCUUUCUCUGUUUCUCAAUUAUUGUGGCUGCUGUUGCAUGAAAAAAAAAUGAAUCAAUAAUUAAAUGUGAAAAAUUAGUUUUAAUUCAGUGAAUAAUUUACUUAGCAUGAGUUAAUUUGAAUCAGCAUUGGUAUAGCCCAAAUGCCUCUGGCGAUCGCUGCUCUCUCAUUAGUUUUUAUAUUUUUUCCCUUUUAAGUUCCACGCAUAUUUUGAUAUUCUGGGAUAUUCAGUAUUGGGUGAUAAAGAGAAGACCUCAAUUGCACAUGAUUUAAAAGCAAUUGUUAAUAAUGGUUCAUUAUUUGAUAUGUUACCUCCAUCACCAAGUAAUAUUAAUAAUUCAACACCAACAUCACUAGAAGGGACGGUGGAGGUGACAACAACCGAGGCAUUUCAUGUGUACAAAACCAAACUAUUAAUAGAUAGCUAA